AUGACGUCAUUCGAAUUUUUCCAAUGCUUUCCGUUUUGAAAAAAGCAUGCUCCAUCGCACUUUUCAAUUUCCUACCUUUUUGAAAUCUUUUAAAAGAAAAAGCUUCUACUUAUAUCUGAAAAAUGAUUUUGCGAAUAUUAAAAUGUCCGUCAGAGAGUGAAUAAGAUAACUAAAUUUUUGAGAAGUCAGGAAUAAUUUUGAAUUUCGCGGUAAUUACUUUGAUCACGGAAUUAGCUGUUUUCCGUUUAUUUUCUAUUCUAUAGAAUUCUAGAAGAAUUUUCCUUUUUCAAAAACCUACAGAUUUGUGUGAAUCGAUUUGUCGACAAAUUUGAACUUUUUCUAAUUUGAUUUUGCAUUUUUUAAAGUUAUGAACUUUCUCAGAUAUUAUAGACAUUGAAGGCAAUUUUAAUUGUUUUUAUUUCAUUUUUUCUCAUUAAUAGUCACAGAUGUUCUCACACCAAAAAGCGCGCUCAUAUAAAAAUAGAUUCUUUACUGUUUUCAGUUUUAUAUCAGAUCCUCUAAAGAAGCCAUACGUGAAGAUAUAUAUAUAUAUUGGCUGAGUAAUAUGCGAGAAGGAGGACUUUGUGGUCGAAACCAGUCGCACUAAGCCGUUUUUUCCGACUGUAUAUAAGUAAGUUGAUCGUUUUCCUAUUGACCGUGUGUCUUAUUCUUUUGCUGUGCUUGAGUCUUUACUGAACAGCGUUUUGUUGUCUUGGAAAAUGUUACAACAGGCGCUGUUUUCGCUUGCUGACCUCCUUGUUCGCCAAUUUUCCCAUUCAACUUUUUUUUUCCAUUUAAAGCAAAUUAAAACAUUUGCAUGUAUUUUUUUACAAACUUGAGGAUGUGUUUGAAGAAAUUUCGCGGAAAUCGAAGUUAUCUCUCACUCUCCAAAAUUUAGUUAAUUUUUACCUUUCUCCGGCGGGUCAUAAAAAUAAUUAUUAUAUUUAUUCACAAGCAACAAAGAAACGGAUAUCUUGCAUUUAGUGGAAUCAUUUUUGAGCACGGAAUAAAUCAAGUGACAUGUAUUUUUUUCAUUUCUCUCUGACGCCGCUUUAUUUGAAAAAAAUUUCAUUUUUUUCAAAGCGCAGUUGUUUAAUGAAUGUAAGUUUAGGACAUCAUUCAAUUUUUAAAAAUCCCAAUCUUUCAAAUCGAAAGAGAUUUUAUGAAAAGAAACUAACUAUUUCCUUCCCCUCUAUUAUAUUUACUUUUGCAGAGAUGGCGGGUAAAGAUCCAAUAGCAGUGCUUAUUUUCAAACUGCCGCCUUUAUGGAGGCUCAUUGUUGUCUUGACGGGCGCCGUCCUCAUCCACCUCACAAUUGGAACUUAUCACACUUUUGGUAGUCCUGUCCAUUUUUCAUUAUUCAUUCAAUGGAGUUUGUUUCCAGGAAAUAUGUUACCAUACAUGGCGUCGUACAUGAGGACCUAUACAGAUCCAACGGUUCGCCUCGAACAUAUGAUGUGGAUCCCUACCUUUCAAGGUUACCUCUUGCAUUUUCUCAUAUCACAGUCGAGAUUUGAGGAUGUUUCCCGUUUGCCAUGGUCAUUGGUGGAAUUGUUGCUAGCAAACUGGGCCCUCGAACCGCCUCUUUCAUCGGAUGCGCUCUAGCGACGUUCGUUUUAUGAAAAUUUUGUGCGAUUGAAACAGAAAAAGAAAUUGAAGAUCAAAUAGAUAGAAAUUUAAAAAGAAGAGUAGCAGUUCAAAAAAUGAGCAAACCAUUUUAAAUUGUUUAUUUUUUUAAAAAUUUAAGUAGGGAUUUUUUUCUUUAGAAAAGGGCAAAACGAUCUUUAUACGGGUGGUUUUUUUGGUUUAUAAUGGUUUUUCAUGUCUCACUUUAAAAAAAUUGCCUCUAAAGUUUUUUUGCAACUCUGAAGUUCAUAAUUUAUUUUCCAAUAAAGAGUGGAACAAUUUUAGGUUUGGCGUAGGUUUCUCGGCCUACGCGAUUCGCCACUCUUUUCUGUUAUUUUUCCUUUCUUAUGGAAUGAUCUACGGCAUCGGAAUGGGAAUCGCCUACGUAACUGCUGUGGCUACAGUUAUAAAUGUGCGAGUUUCCAGAAUGUCGUUUUAGCAAGAAAUAAUGAAAUUCCAGUGGGCUCCGGACAAGAUCGGCCUCGUUUCUGGCAUCGUGGCGGCGGGUUUCGGCCUUUCUUCUUCUAUUUUUGCGCCAAUCCAGACGAUGCUCGUCAACCCAAAAAACCUUCCUGCAACAAAGGAAGGGUCAGUUUUUCACGGAAACUCCUUCUUCCAAUAAUUGAAAGGAUGGAGUAAAUGUUAGAACGAACUAUAAAGUUUUUCGAAAACUAAUUUUUGCUGAUUGUGAAACUGUUUUUAUUUAAGUUUUUUUUUUUGAAAAUUGCUAAAAUCAGCGGAUUAAAUUGAUACGGAAACCAGUUUCUCACUGAUAGUGUGCUGAAAGUAUGUUGAAUAUGUUUUUUUUAAAGAAUCACCAAAUUCUGAUACUAUUCAAUUGUGAGGAUUUCUGUAAUAAUUAUUCAGGAUAAAAGUUGGAAUUUUUUUUUCAAUCAAUUUUCGCUCAAAUAAUGCUUUUUUUUGUUACAGUUUUGAAUGAAGUGAUACAUGUAUUUUAAUUUUUUAACUAUAAUUUUUUCAGAUAUUUCGUCCAAGAAGAACUUCUUCAACGGGUUCCAGAUGUUUUUCUCUCUUUGGCCUUUAUUUACGGAUUGAUGCAGCUAAUUGCUGUUAUUGUCGUUUGUGACCCUCCAGAAAAGGUGUGUUGAUUGAAUUAUUCCUCAGUUCUGAGCGAAACAAAAUUGGUUGAAAGUUAACGUGUGAAGUGAGUUCGCCAAAUGACGGAAUUGUACUUGAAUGCGCAUGGCAAAUAAUUUCAGAAAGUAUACAAUCAAGCAAAAAGAGACAUUUAACCGAAAUGAUGAGGAUCUUUUUGUUUUACAAUCAGAAUGGUUAUAUUAUUUUGGCUUUUCUUUGGCGAUUACUUGCUAGCGACGUCGUCAGGAUAGUUAUACCAAGUAUAACCGUCUCCAGAACAUUUUCCGUCUGCAAAAGUACAAAAUAUACCUUUUUAGUUAUUUUGAAGGCUGUUAAAACAAAGUCUCUUUUUCUUCUAGAAAAGCGAGGAGAACUGUUCAGUGUUGAGAAGAGAUCAAUUUUGAGCGCAUGGCGAAAAUUCUGAUGAAUAAUGAUUCAUGAAUCAUAGCAUAACAAGUGAUUAAAUGGAAAGAAGGAAAAAUUUUACGACUUCAAUUUUUGUGAAAACUGAUGAAAGCAUUAUUGAUUUGGAAUCGAUGAAAAAGUUUUUGACACUUCAAAAAUCGUUACUUUGAUUGAGUUGAUUGAUUAAAGGACAGGCUCAAUUUUCAUAUUAAUAAGGUCGACUGGGGUAAGGGGACAAAUCCUUGUCUGCUAUCAGGAAUCAACACAGUACAUAGCCUUCAUCAAGGCGAGCGAAAUGACUGUAAGUACUGGAGUAAACGCAGGUUCGGCAUUCGGGACUGGGCUCUCUGUCGCAGUUCGUGGACGGACUGCGACGAGGCCGAAGGUCUGGCGACCGAUUCGGAUCCGUUUCCUACAGGCCCUUGCGCGUCAACGACACGGUACCUCACAACGCAUGCUUAUGUUCCUUUCUAUCGCCUUUUGCGCUCGUGUUUUCUUUCUAUUCGAGCUUUUUUGAUUUCUGAGCGAAGACUUCAUUUUACUCAAUUUUUUCUUCAGUUGGUCUUAACACUACUUGAAAAAUAUCUUUUUAUAUCUCACUAUCAGGACUUAUAAUACACAUAUAGUACCUAGGUGAGACUUUAAGAACUUCUUCUAAUAUUUAAUGAGGUAGGUUUGAAAACAUUAGCUUUCUUGCGCACUGUUUCAGUUUUUGGUAUUUUUUAAAUAUUUUUUUUCUAUUUAGUUCAUUCCCCACUGUCUGUAAUACUCAAAUCACCAGGGUAUAGAAAGCUCAUAACUGCUUUAAAAGUACAGAACUAGAAGCUAUGCAAUAAUUGAGACGCUCUCCCUGGAGAAAAGGUUUUUGCGUAUCUCAAGCAUCAAACGCGUUCUUUGUUUUUAAAAGUUUAGAAUAAUAGAGCUUCUAACUAAUCCUAUUCACUCGCUCUAACACACUGCAUGGUAAUAACUUUUGGUGGUGGUGCUAUUCUUUGAUUCCAUUCCAAAAAUAUCAUCAUUAUUGCAGGAAACGGAAAUAGAAGCGUCGUCCUCCGUCAGAAGACGUUCUCUUUCUCGUGGAUCCUCGGAUAGCGAUGACGACGUCUUCUCCCGGAAUCCUGAGGCUCGUACGGCAGAGGAAAUCGUCUCGUUGUCGCCCAAGGAAAUGCUCAGCUCUUCCACCUUUUAUUUCCUCUUCAUUUCUUUAUUUUGCUGCUCCUUCUACGCCAACAUGUUCUACAACCUUUAUAAGGUCUGUAAAUGUCUAAAUUUAGUGGUUUUUUGUCAGAAAAUAACCUGAGAAGUACUUCGAUGACAAAAAAAAGAUUUUGCAGACGUUUGGCGAGACUUUCAUCGAGGACGACUUCUUUUUCGCGGUCGCCUUCAGUGUAGGUUCCGUCGCCAACGCAGCAGCGAGAAUUGGAUGGGGCUACUUGACGGAUCGGACUAGUUUCCAGGUUUUUCUUUAAAAUCUUGAUCAUUUCGUGAGAAAAAAAAACCUGAAUUUCAAGCCGAGAAUUCUACGGGGGAAACUGAGUCAAUCUUCCCUACAUUAUAAGAACUGUGCAAUUUGAAAGGAUCUUCUUCUAGUAAAUUUGGGAGUUUUUUUUUGACUAAAAUUGAGAAUUUUGUUUUUCAAGAAGGAAUAUAUCCCUCUAUAGUUAAAUCUCAAGUACUUAGGGAGUUGGCUAGAUCACUAUUUCCUGAAUUUAAAAAUGAUCUCAAUUUUUGGCGCAUCUUACUUUCCUUUGUGCUUAAUAAACAUUUUUUAAUUAAAAAAAAAAAAUUUUAUAUACUUUCGAAGAAAAAAAAUAACUUGGAACCGUGGACACAAUCAUCCAGGAGUUUCCAUUUUUUUUUAACCCUGAAUUUUUGAGGUGUCUCUAUCGACAGCUACUUGCCUUGCAUCCGUAUUUUUGCUUACGAUGCCACUCACAAGAGAUCUCGGCCGAUUCUUCUAUUUUCUUUGGGUAAUAGUUGACCUUCGAAGUUUUAUUGGUGUACAAUCUGAAACAAAAAUCAUACAAGUGCACAAUUCGAAAGAUUGUUGUCGAAUUUUUGUACGAAAGCUUAGACGAAAGCUUCAACAUUUAAGUAUCUCAAUGUACAUUCUCAGGCAGCUCUAACAUGCGUUCUCAGAUCAGAUCAGCGUUUAUUGUACUUCGUCUUUCUUUUUCCAAACUUUGAAAUUUCUAUAUUCUAGAUUUCCGUCCUUCAUCGUUGUGAUUCCCAUUCAUCUCCUUUUCAAAACAAAAGUUUCGGUUCAGCUCGUCGGAACUUUCAUCUGCAUGGGAGCGACUCACGCGCUCUACAUCACAGCCACAGUGAAAUGUUUCGGAACUCGGCACAAGGCCAAAAACUACGGUUAUUUGAUAUUUUCGACGGUGGGCAUUUUCGCGUUGAUUCUCCUAUUUCUUCUGUAGACAUUGAGCGGAGUCCUGCUGGCCGCCGUGUCCCAGUAUUACUUGCAAGUCAUCGGCUACACCUGGCUCUUCGUCGUCACUUCCAUUUUUCCGUUUUCAGGUGUUUCUCUUGAGAUUUCGCAAAUUCUCUGAAACAAUAACUCGAAGCUCGCAACAUUCAGCUUCCUUGAACUAAGGGCCUCAGAUAAAACUUGAAAAAGUAAUGGUAAAUCCCAUGAAAUAAUAUUUUGACUUCCAGUUUUACUCUACUAUUAUUUUUCUCAUUCAUCCUGAUAGUUUGAGUUGAUAAAAUAUAGGAUAGAAAAAAUCUUCGAAAAAAUUUGCAAAUUCUGUAAUCCCUUUGAUUUUGCAGCGUUUCUCAUCAUCGCAAGCAUACAAUAUACACCACAAGGUGGUCGGGUCACUUAA